AUGGAACAACAAACAAUAUCCAUAACCAAAGCAGGAAUAACAACAAUUCUGAAUUCCAGGACUUCUGUAUUAGCUGCAACAAACCCUCCAUCAGGUCGUUAUGAUGAUCUCAAAACUGCACAAGAUAACAUUGACUUACAGACUACAAUUCUUUCAAGAUUUGACCUCAUCUUCAUUGUCGAAGAUAUAAACAUGUUCAGCCAAGACAAGAUGGUAGAGAACUUGUAUAGAUUCUUCUUAUUGUUAGAGCUGAAGCUACUGCUCAAGACACGCAACAUCGAGAUUAUUCCAUAUGCUGGAGUUGAUGUGAACAUAAGGAAUGUGCAAAAAACCAUUCCUUUGCAUGUGGCAGUGGCAAGAGGAUCAAAAUCAUGUGUUGGAAUGCUUCUUUCUGCAGGUGGUCUGUCGGCGGAGCUCGAUCUCGAUGUAGACGGAAUCAGAUGGACCGCCUUGGAUGAGCAAGAAAAGGUAGGUCCUGUGAAUCAAUGGAAUGUUGCAUUCAUCCCACAAUUCAGGAGUCAUCUCUUCAAUAAUUGCAUUGCAGCUCGUGCUUCUUGUCAAACCCAUUGGCAAGUGAAUCAUUUAAGAAAAUUCAAUGUGCAUAUGAGGCAAGUAUAUCACCCCAUUUCGUGCAGAACUACCCACCCCACCCCUACCCCUACCUACCCACCCACCCUCACCCCACCCUCUCCUGUAGAUACAAACUCCAGUGCUGCACAUCUCUCAAGUGGUGAAUCAGAAUUGGAGUCUUCAGAUGAGAGAAAAUGUGUAGAGGUAAGAGAAGAGCAUAUAAAAUGGGAAUCCAUAGUGGGUCCCGCUGUUGACAAAAAUGUAGCACAUGAAGUUGUUGGAUUGAGAGCUGCAACUUUAGGUCACUCUCUCUGGGAAUCAGCAACCUGUACGCACAAAAAUUACAGAGGCUGCAAUGGAAAGGGUUCAGAAAAACUAUCACUUAUGAUUACAGAAGCAUAUAGAGAUGCCCAUCAAAAGAGUGUCCAGCACGAAUGGGCGAUCUUGCACAUAGCUUAG